AUGGCAGUCCCAUUCACCUACCACGCCAAGGCCCAAUCCACCUUCAAACCUCCUCUCAUCGCCAACGAAAACGCCUUCUUAGGCGAUGUCAUCUCCAGCGACAAGGAUAAUGCCGAAAAGCCCAUCUCGUGCGGAUUCUAUCGUCUGGAGAAAGGUACCCCGCUGGUGUAUACCUAUACCUACGAUGAAAUGAAGAUUAUUCUAGAGGGACAGUUUGAGAUUACCGAUGAGACGGGCCAGAAAGUUACUGCGUCGCCGGGGGAUGUGUUUUAUUUCCCCAAGGGGGCCAAGAUUACUUUUACGACUGAGACGUAUGGAUUGGCGUUUUACACUGGUCAGCGGGCGGAGGGCGCCGCUUGA